GUAUCCUGACAGAAAAUGAAGCCACCUAGGCCAGAAGCAGCUCCUGCUGUAAUUCCUGCUAAGGCUGAGAAGAAAGGGAAGAACAAGAGGGAAGCUGGAGAAGCUAUAGAAAAGAUUGUCAGUGCAAAAAAACAGAAGAAAAAUGAUGGAGUAGCUCAAGCUGUGACAAAGGUGAAGGUGGAAACUAAGACUCAGAAAAAGAAGAAAGCGGAGUCCAGUGAUUCUGAUGACUCCUCCUCCGAAGAAGAGGUAGAGGUUCAACCAAAGAAGGCAUUGAAGUCUAAUAAACCACCUGUCAAGGAUGCCAGCGAAUCUGAAUCAGAUUCUGAAUCUGAUGAGGAGCCACCUACCAAAGCUGCUCCUGCCAAGAAUGGUUCUAAUGGUGUUGCUGCUAAGAAGGGAAAGGACGACAGCAGCUCUGAGUCUUCAGAGGAUGAAUCUUCUGAUGAUGAGGAUCCUAAAUACAAGAAUUUGCCAGCAGGUAAGAAUGUGCAACCAGUGAAGAAAGAAGAGUCUAGUGACAGCUCAGACGAGGAUGAUAGCUCCUCAGACGAGGAAACAGAAAUUCCUGCAAAGUCUGCUGCAACUAAGAAUGUUCUUGUACAAGCAGCGACCAAUAGAAAAGUUGACUCAAGUGAUUCUGAUGACAGUGAAUCCUCGGAUGAGGAUAAGGGUACACUAGCAAAGGCUUCUCUUCCUAAGAAGGUUCCAGCAACAUCUGCCCAGAAGAAAGCUGAAUCUAGUGAUGAUUCUGAUGAUAGGAGCUCUGAUUCUGAUGAAUCCUCUUCUGAAGAUGAGGGGAAAACCAAAUCUGCAACUCCAACUGCUUCAAAAGUUCAACCAAAGAAGAGUGGGGAUGACAGUUCAGAGACUGAUUCUGAUGAGUCUGAUGAAGAUGACGCUCCUGUGCCAAAGGCAGCUGUUACUUCCAAAAAGCCAUCAUCUGCAGCUGAAACAAAGGAUUCAAAACAGAAUAAAAUGGACUUGGAUGAUGAUGAUUCAGAAGAUGAUGAUGAUUCUGAAGAAAGUGAUGAUGAGCCGCCAAAAAAUACAAAGGCAGCAACAGCUCAAAAGGAAAGUAGCAGUGAAGAGGAGAGCUCUAGCUCAGAGGAUGAGGAAGAUAGCGAGGAUGAAAAGCCAGCGAAGACUCCAAAGAAAAAUGAUGCUGAUGUAGAAAUGACUGAUGCUGAUACAAAGUCUUCUGUCAAAACUCCAAAGACACCUGUUACACCAGUUGCAUCUGAGAAUGCUGGAUCAAAAACACUUUUUGUUGGCAACCUAUCUUUUCAAGUUGAACGUGCUGAUGUGGAAAAUUUCUUUAAAGAGGCUGGGGAAGUUGCUGAUGUCCGCUUCGCCUUAGAUGCAGAUCAGAGGUUCAAGGGAUUUGGACAUGUUGAGUUUACCACAACUGAAGCAGCGCUUAAGGCUCUAAAUUUUAAUGGUAAAAGUUUGCUUGGGCGGGAUGUCAGACUUGAUUUGGCUCGUGAGAGGGGUGAUCGGAGCUCAAAUACACCAUAUAGCAAAGACAGCAACUCAUUUCAGAAGGGAGGGAGAGGUCAAUCCCAAACCAUAUUUGUUAAGGGAUUUGACAAGUUUUGUGGGGAGGAUGAGAUUAGGAGCUCUCUCCAGGAGCAUUUUGGUUCUUGUGGGGAGAUUACUAGGAUAUCUAUUCCCACAGAUUAUGAGACUGGCGCUAUUAAAGGGAUGGCUUACCUAGAAUUCAAUGAUGCUGAUGCUAUGAACAAAGCAUUUGAGCUUAAUGGAAGUCAACUUGGAGAAUCUUACCUAACUGUGGAUGAAGCAAAACCAAGGAAUGAUAACCGUGAUGGUCGGGAUAGUGGCAGAGGUGGUGGCAGUGGUGGUCGUUUCAGUGGUGGCAGAAGCAGUGGUGGUCGUUUUGGUGGUGGCAGAAGCAGUGGUGGUCGUUUUGAUAGUGGACGUGGUGGAAGAGGUGGUCGUGGACGUGGAACACCUUAUAAACCCAGUGUGACUGCAGCUGCUUCAGGAACAAAGAAGAAAUUCAAUGAUGAGGACUGAGGGAAGCAGAUAGAGAUUUUGAGGGCAUCACCUUGCCUUGCCUCCCUUGAAGUACUAUUAAUUUUGGUAGUGUGCCGUCAUAGAAGAAAUUUUUUAACUUUGUUUUGAUAUGUUCUGUUUGAUAUUUAGGGGAUGUUUCUUUUCUUGGCUACUGGCAAAUCUCUUCGAGGGCCAGUAUGACUAAAGCAACUGUGUUAUGCGUAAAUUUUUCAUAUUUUCAGUUAUUACAUUAUGCU